AUGGACGACCAGAUCGCAGCCUUCACAGCGUUCACGGGCAGUGAUCCUGAAAAGGCACAACGCUACCUCACUCUCACCGACGGCAACGUAGAACAAGCUGUCGACCUCUUCUUCUCCAAUCCAGAUCUUGGCGCUGCCGUGCCCUCACAACCCACCCAACCGUCAAAUCGGGAUGAUCCCAUCAACAUCGACGACGAGGAUGAUGAGGUGGAAAUGACUGGCAGUGCGCCUGCAGGAGGUCACUCAUAUGAUGACGAUGAGGCGAUGGCACGGCGGUUGCAGGAAGAGAUGUAUGGCUCUGGUGGUGGCGGUGGUGGGCCAGGAGGCGGAAGAGAUGACUUUGAUGAAGAAGGCGUGCGAGCACCGAUGGCCAGGACUACCGAGACAUUGGUGGGACCUGGCGGCUUCGACGAUCCUAACGAUAUGAAUGCGGCCAUAUUCGAGCAACUUGCACAGAGAAGAAUGGGCGGCGCGCGGAGAGGACAGGCGGGGAUCUUCAAUCAGCGGGAGGCUUCGAUCUGGGCUGGUGAUGAUCAACCUGACCCGGAUGCGCGAAGAGAAGCAUUAUCACGAGCUACGGGCGGUGCAUCAGAUCAGUCAUCCAAGUCGAAUUUGUUAGCUGAGCUGUUCAAGCCACCAUUCGAUCUCAUGAGCAGACUGCCGUGGGGUGAGGCACGCGAUGAGGGCAAGGAGGGAUUGAAGUGGCUCCUCGUCAACGUGCAAGACCCUUCGAUCUUCGACUGCCAAGUGCUAAACCGGGAUAUCUGGAAGAACAAGGAGAUCCGGGAUACCAUCCAAGAACACUUCAUCUUCCUGCAAUACAACAAGGAUGAUCCGCGAGGUCGCGAGUACAUCCAGUACUACUUCGCCAACAUGCGUGACUCGGAAGACGCAUACCCUCACAUCGCUAUCGUGGACCCUCGGACUGGCGAGCAAGUCAAGACGUGGUCUGGAUCACCAUCGCCAAAGGCGUCGGAUUUCUUGAUGGAUCUGCACGAGUUUCUAGAUCGAUACAGUCUCUCCCUCGAGCGCAAGAACCCGGUCCAGACGAAGCGGAAAGAAAGCAAGAAGGACGUUGGGCAGAUGACGGAGGAAGAGAUGCUGGAGAUGGCAAUGCAGAAUUCCCUUGCCAAUGGCGGAACCUCCAAGGAUGAAGAUCCCGACUCCUUGACCCGCUCGGACGCCGCGAACACGAAUGGGAAAGGGAAGGAGAGGAUGAGUGUGCCAGAGGCUAUGGAUAUUGCGGAUCUGGGCCCUGUGAUGUCGCAUGCUGAGAACGGUACCGCCCAGCCUCAGAGUGGGUCGCUAGCGAGGAAGGAGACGACGGACACGCCUUUCUCCCGCAUCUCCUCCACUUCCCCACACGCAGAACCCACUUCGACGGGCCCAGAAACCACACGCAUCCAAUUCCGAUAUUCCGGCGGUAGGGUGGUGAGAAGGUUCGCUCUCACGGAGCCUGUAAGCAGGAUCUACGAAUGGCUUAAAGCGGCGCCGUUUGAGGACAAGGAUGGGAAGGAGUUCGAGCUGAUUGCUAUGGGGAAGAAUUUGAUAGGGAGUCUCGAGAUCACGAUUCAGGAGGCGGGCUUGAAGAAUGCGACGGUUAUGGUUGAGUUCCCGCAGGGUGAGGAUGAGGAGGAGGAGUAG